CUCUUGGUAGCUGUGGAAAAUGGCCACGAAGAAGUGGUCCGACGUUUGGUAGAGCAAGGCACAGACUGCAAUGCGGGGGCUAAAACAGGCAAGACCCCGCUGUGUGUUGCCGCGGAACAAGGCAAAACAAAUAUCCUUCGUAUCUUGCUCGAUCAUAAUGCUGUGGUCGACCUCUCUGACGCGGUGCUGUGGACCCCGCUAAUACACGCUGCUGCCGGUUGGCACCUGGACGCUGAGCAGCUAUUGAUCGAGCGGAAGGCGAAUGUCAACGCAUUGUCCAGGUACGAUCGGACAGCUUUGCACCAUACUGCGAGUACGGGGCAACUCCAUACGGCUCAAGUCCUUCUCGAUAGCGGAGCUGAGAUCGAUUUAGCGGACGUGAAUGGGCGAACUCCGUUGUGGGUAGCCUGCGAUGCUGAGAAGGAAGAGCUCAUUUGGCUUCUUGGAUAG